CCGAAGUGGAAAUUUCCCCCAGCACCAGCAGCACCAGCCCAGCGCCAGCCGCAGGUUUCGCCGCUCAGAGUCACGAGCCGCCGCCGGACCCCAGCGCCGCCCGCCCGCCCGCCAUGGCCAACUACAUCCACGUCCCGCCCGGCUCCCCCGAGGUGCCCAAGCUGGACAUCACCCUGAGCGACGUGGAUGGGCCCGGCUGCCGCGACGGAGCCCUGCAGCUGCUGCGUCGUCUGCGGCCCCACUGGAGCCCCGAGGAGGUGACGCUGCAGCUGUUCACAGAUGGAAUCACCAACAAGCUUAUUGGUUGCUAUGUGGGUGACGCAAUGGAUGAUGUGGUUUUAGUUAGAAUCUAUGGAAACAAGACCGAGCUGUUAGUAGAUCGAGAUGAGGAAGUGAAAAGUUUCCGGGUGUUGCAGGCUCAUGGCUGUGCGCCACAACUCUACUGUACUUUCAGUAAUGGUCUAUGCUACGAGUUCAUGCAGGGAGAAGCACUGGAUCCGGAGCAUGUCUGCAACCCAGAUAUAUUCAGACUCAUAGCCAGGCAGCUUGCUAAAAUCCAUGCUAUUCAUGCACACAAUGGAUGGAUCCCCAAAUCUAACAUGUGGCUGAAGAUGGGAAAAUAUUUCUCACUCAUACCUACAGAAUUUACAGAUGAGGAAGUAAAUAAACGGUUCUUAAGUGAUGUUCCAAGUCCUCAAAUCCUUCAGGAGGAGAUGGCCUGGAUGAAGGAGAGACUCUCAAAUCUAGGAUCCCCAGUGGUGCUUUGCCACAAUGACCUGUUGUGUAAGAAUAUUAUCUACAACGAGAAACAAGGUGAUGUACAGUUCAUUGACUAUGAGUACUCUGGAUACAACUACCUGGCUUAUGAUAUUGGAAAUCAUUUCAAUGAGUUUGCAGGAGUGAGUGAGGUAGACUACAGCCUUUAUCCAGAUAGAGAAUUACAAGAGCAGUGGCUGAGAUCUUACCUUGAGGCAUACAAGGAAUAUAAAGGUUUCGGUACAGAUGUUACUGAGAAAGAGGUAGAAGUCCUAUAUGUGCAAGUCAAUCAAUUUGCACUGGCCUCUCAUUUCUUUUGGGGUUUGUGGGCUCUGAUUCAAGCCAAAUAUUCCACCAUUGACUUUGAUUUUCUAGGGUACGCAAUUGUUCGUUUUAACCAGUAUUUCAAAAUGAAGCCAGUGGUCACAGCAUUAAAGCUUCCCGAGUAAUGAAGAACUUCAGUUCUCCUCAAGUGGAUAAGCGAUCCUUAGAAUCCUUUCUGGGAACAGAUACUGAAAAAGCUAAACAUUUUGUUUAAGUUCUGUAAUGUUCACUUGGUUGUUUUGCUUUACAAAUGAUGCCUCUAAACAAGUCUUAAUGUUAAAUCUAAUAAGAAGAGCAUACCUACUGUUGAUAUAGAAUGGAUUAGAAAUUUGCUAAAUCUAUAAGGCUGUAGAGAUGGCAAUUUAAUCCUUACCUAAGUAAUUUAACAUAUGUUGUAUGUGAUUUAUUUAUUAUGAGUUUAACAUGAUUCCAUUGCUGCUUUCAUCAAUUUCUGUAAAGGUUGAGUUCAGGCAGUGAAACUGUUCCAAAGGAUUUGUUUUUUCACAACUUAUUUUAUUAAAGUGACAUUAACUUAUAUAAAGACUGUAUAUGGUCAGUAGAGAAUCUUAAUCUUUAACUGUAUACAAAAAAAACAUGAAUAGUGGUCAUUUACUUUUGAAAUGCCAGUCACUGGUACCAAGUAAUUGAGGGAAGGAAGAUGAGGAUAAAAGCAAUUUUCUGCAUCACAGUACUUUACAUUUUAUAGCAAGACCUAUCUACUUACUAGGGUUAAAUAUCAACAUUUUGACUUUCCUUCUGCUACUAUUACAUAGUAGAAAUCUGAAGGCUUUUUGGCCACCUGAUUAUUUAGGAACGUGCAUAGGAUCUGACAGGAAAUGUACCAACCUUAACUUGUAUGGGAGAGUUUCUUGUUUGUUAAAUUUUUCCAUUUAUUUUAAAGACCGCUAUUCCAAAAUCUCAAUAAAUUCCUUAUGUUCUGAACUAUAUAUAUUACUGCAACAUGAUAGACUAUUGGGUUUAAAACAGUGAGCAUGAAAUCCCAUUGCUCUUGGGAGCAAAACAAUACCACUUCAGUUAAAGGAUACAUAGAUUUUAAACCUUUUUCCUUCCUUCCUCAUUUUUCCAGCUUGGAUUCUUGUCUUUAAAUACUUAGGUCCAGUAGUUAUAGAUUCUGUUACAUUUUCUGGCUUUCUUGCUGUACUGAUGGCAAAAAUAUUAGUAGCCUAAAGUCUCAUGUUCAAAGGAUGUUCUUGAAAUGUGUGAGGUUUGAACAAUGGGGCUUUAAUCAUCCUCAAUGUUUUUUAAAAAGCUAUUAUACCAAGAAUGGUUUGAAAUACAAAUGUGAAUUGAAAAGAAAAUGUUUACUUUGUGACUGUAUGUUGAGAGAGGUUGGGGAUGAUGCUUUAAAUCUUGGAAAUUGCUGUGGUGUUGAGCAGUCAAUCAAUUCUGAUUAUUACUCUGAAAAAACUUCGCACUUUGGUCACUGAAGUGCCCACACGUACAAAGUCUGCGUGUAUGCACAUACAGUAUGUGCAAACACACUCACCUUAGGAGUAGAUUUUAUGGGGAGCCAGUUGCAGACUCGGCAAGAAUAUUUAUUCAAUAUUGCUUUAUAGCAUAUUGUCAAAUGCAGAUGGGCUUUACAAAAGCAUAGCUUGUUUCAGGAUGCUUAAAGCAAUGACAUGGGUGGAAAAACUUUCACCUUAUACAUCAUUUUAAAUAGUGUUCUGUUAUUUUACAAAAGCAAGUUUUAUUCCUUAAAACUAGUUUGUAUUCAUCACCUGGUGGUUUCAACCGUGGAUUUCUUACAAUCACAUUCUUAAAAUUUUAAUAUAAACGGAUAAACUUUUCAUAAAAAAAACUUGAAAGUGGGUAAGUCUUAUUUAGUACUUACUAAACUAGUUUAUUAAAUUGGACAGAUUCUUUUCAUAGUCUAAAUAAAACUGACCAACUGAAAUGGCAUUUCCUUCUGUAGCAUUAUCAAGGAUGUUGCUAGAGCUCAUGAAAGUGACAGACAGCAAACAGCUUUUUAAUCUUUGUACCGAAAAGCUCUCUCUUCGUUAAGAGUAUUAUUCUGCCACACUUACCCACAUUAAGUAGUAUCUUGGUUCAUAAGUUGUCCCUUUAAUUUCAGCGAGACAUCUCUUGAAGUAAGGUGCUACUUAGUGUGAGUACCAGUGUUGGAUCCUGAAAAAAAUUAUUUCAAAAUAAAAACAACAAAAACCCCUUUCCUGAUAGAGUAAAGUGACAACUUAAUUUCUGGCAUUGGUAACACAUACAUAUUUGAGAGUGAGCUGUCAAAGUUUUAUUUUUAACCUGGUAAAUUGGAACACUUACCAGAUCCCCCUUUCUAACAAUCCCAAAGAGAACUGUUUUAAAAUAUAUACAGCGGUGUCUGUUUAUUCUGAAGUACAGUCCGGCUCUUAUUAGCCCUAAUUCUUUUCAAACUCUUUGGCUAUUCAAGAGUGGUGUCCCAUACUCUCUGAUGAGAGAACCACAAGGUCCAAAGAAGCCCUGGUAGUUUGACCCAGAGAAAACAGCUGAAUGAGAGCUUCUUGAGUAAAGUGCUGGCUGAAAGAGGCUUGUUAACUGUGUGAGCAAAGAAUCAGCUGUUGUUCGAUUCCUAUUGUGGGAAGCAGAACUUAACAAAGAAUGUACGAACAGGAUGGCAUCAAAGAAAUACCUGAUUACAUCAUCAGUCUCUCCUCCUAUUGGAAACUGCCUGCUAGAACUUGAAAAUUGGGCUAACCAUUCAGGUCAAAAGAGGGUGACACUGCAGAUCAUUCCUUUUGCAAGAGGGAGAGGCCAAGGGUGUCUCCUGUGCAUUUUACAGAUUCCAUUGUCUCCCUACCCUAGUAGCUCUUCCAAUGCUGGUACUGUUUCAGUUUGGAAUUGUACUGUAAUUUUUUAAAGGAGGUGUUUGUUUAUAUAGUGCAAGUAACAAUCUCUGCAGGGGAAAAGAACGUAAGCUUUUUGUGACUGGAUCUCAGCCUCAGUCAUGUUGAGCUGCUAAAUUCCACUGAACUCCUUUCACAAACCUCAAAAACACUUUGAGGCAAAGAUAUUAUAAAUACAGUAAUCUUUGAGCCAUUUUAAAGAAGCACGAGACUUAUCACAGAGUUAUAAUAGGAGACUUUGCAGUAUAGUAGAGACUUGCAUUUUCAUAUUGCACAUUAAAAUCCAUUUUUAGAAAACAUGGCUGUGCAAUGGCUUCCAUUUAAGACUAGCAAUAUGCAACAAACUUCAAAUUCCUAGAGCAGGUUGUUUGUGAGAGAUGUUAUUAGGAAGUAGUUACUUUUUCCAAAAUGAAAUGCCAGUCACCUGGAGUCUCACACCUCAACAGUUUUAUCCAUAACUACUCAGAAUUUCCUCUCCUAUAGAGGGUAGCCUACAAACAUGUUCAAAUGGGAACUUGGGAUGGUGCACGGUGCAAACUUGGGUUUGUCACUGCAAAUACCCUACGGCCUGAACAUGGGUGAACUAUUGAAGCCUCAAAAUAAGGAAUGCCCGUUUUGUUAAAAUUCAUUUCCUCGUUCUUAGUAUUUUGAGGCUAUUUAAAAAGAAGGAAAAUGUCUCAGAGCUCUAGAAACAUCCAUCCUGGCUUUGCGUUGCCAAGAAGAUACUCUGUUGCCUUUCUGUUAAGCUAAAGGCUUGAAUGCCCAAAUUAAUAACUUUUACUGUAUAGUUAAACCUAUAUUGUAAAUAUAAAGAAGGUUGUUAGCAGAGGCAUUCAUGCAUGUGCAGCAUCAGUCAAUAGACCAUAGUGGCCUGGUUGCUUUUGUAAAGCAGAAUUGUGUGAAUUUUUUUUUCUUCUGACACAUUUCUACAAUCAGACCAGGUUAAUCCAUGUCUGAUUUAAUAAGCAUCAGAGCUUUUUAAAUAAUAGCCAGUGUCAGGUAAUUUUAAACUCAUUCAUCUAGCGUUCUUCUGCAUUUGAAAAAGGAAUUGUCAAACUGACUCACAUUAACCGGGUCUGACUGGAUAUGUAUAUACAACAGUGUAAAUAACCAUUUGUAAAUUAAUGUGAAUUGUACCGUAUCUUGCAUUUAUGGACUUGUGUAUUGCAUUGUACUCUCUCCUAUUUUGUAGAAAUUUUGAUGUAAAGAAAAAAUCCAACUUUGUGUGUGCUGACUUUUUGUUAAAUUGACCAUAUUCAAGGCAUCUGUGUUGUGUGAUAAUCACAUACAUUACCUUUAAUGGAGCAUAUUUAUGUUUCAUGUUAAUAAGGUAUCCAUUAUAGUCUACUGCCGCCAUUGUCUUUCCAUGUGUUUUUAUGUUCCCUUGCUUUUGGGGAUAAAUGAAUAGUAAUACGCUUAGUUGUGGGGAAGAGCUAUUCUAGUAAUAAGGCAAAUGAAAAAUGCUAAUUAGUGCUAAAUGUAUUGUCUUUCAACAUAGGGAAACUGUUAAAUCUGAUACUCACAUCUUAAACAUUGGCAGCCAGUAGUAUCUGCUGAAAACGUGGAAGUUUUAAGUACACUUCUUUAAGACGUAUUGUUGUUCCUGUGGUGACAGAAGUUUAAGGGAACAUGUAGACAAAUUCCUAAAUUAGACGUUUCCAGUGUACAUAAGCUGUGUAAUGACAGGAGGAUUCUUUACUGUUGUGCAACUAUUAUGGUAUAAUAAAAGGCCAAAUAAUUAAGAUACUUCUAUCAGUUUCCAGAAUGCUACAGUAGCUAAGGUACCAACUAACUAGUAGCCAAUUCAUAUUUAUGGAAACUGGUGUCCGCUGGGUACAUUCUUUUUGAAGCCUAGAUUGAUAAAAUACAGGACUAGUACACAACUUUCUCUCUCAAUGUAAAAGCUGCCUUCCCUGGACUUGUAGUAAAAUUAAACAGUUUAUUGAUAUCUUGCAUACAAGUUGAACAAAAGCAAUAGUUUGAAGCAGACUUGGUACUGCUUUUAAUAAAAUAAUCAGCUGUUGAUGCCAGUAUUUCAACUUUGAAGGAAAGUUAUGGCAAGCUACAGGUAUCUUCAUUCCCUUUGAGUGCUUACUGUAAUCUAUUAACUGAAUUCCCUUGGACAUUAAUUCCAUUUUUCUUGAUGCAGUAUCCUUUCACUGUUUGCAAGCCAGAACUAUUCCCAUCAAACUUAGCCUUAUUCAAAUAAUGAAUGGCCACUGUAUCCACCAUACAAAGAAAUAAAGACUUAGUUUCAUAAUCAGUUUCUGGUUUAGGAAGUCCCCUGGAGAUUAGGGAAUUAACCUCAGAACUGAAGUGUAAAGUUUUGUACACCAGCUUCUCUGAACAUCUUUUCAUAUACAAACUGCCAUCUAUCUUAUUUUUAAACUAAGUUCUUUAGCUAUCUACAGUGAAAACAGAAGAGCUUUGAGCCUCUUGCCACUGCUAUGUGUAAUAGAUUUGCUGGAAAAUGUUGGUACAUAAAAUAUGGAGGGUAGGCGUAUUCAAAUAUUUUGGUUGUCAAGUUCACAAACACAUCUUGGUGCAAGUCUUCUAUCCUGUUUAUCGAAUAUAAAUAUACCAGACAAAAGACGCAUACACACUCAGAAGGUAUAUAUGUUAAUAUUGUCUAGGAUCUUCAGUGGUGCUGUUUGAUGGUAAUUAGAUCCCAAAGGCCUAAGAGUCAAAAGGAGGGGAAGGGAAUAAAUACAGGUAUGAGGAAAUAAUCCAAUUGAAGCACGUGUUUAGACUUCUGUUUUUUGACCUCCUUAUACUUAGGCAGUUUAUUGAUUGGAUCAGAUUAUAAAGGAAAGGGAACUCAUUCCAGCAUGAUGAAGCCUGGAUUUCUUUAAGAAGGCAGUUGGUGGUUAAGAGACAUUAAAGUAUACCCUUAUUUCCUUUCCACCAAAACAACUUUUUUUUUUUAAAUAGAUAUAGUCAUGAAAUAGAACAGCAAUUUCCUGGUAAAACCUUCAUUCUUUGUACCAGUUGGGAUGUAAUUCCUUUUGUUGGGGAGGCUUGUUUUGAAGGCUAUCGGGAAGGUUGGCUGCAUCCUACCUGGCUGUGAAUUUGAGUUGGGUUCUUCAGUGGGUUUUAAUGUUUUGUAUUUUGAUUAAUAGGUUCUUAGAUGCCUUUUGAAAAGGCUCUUAAAAAUGUGCAAGUGUAAUCAUACCAUGCAGGAUGUAAUUACAGUUGCUGAACAGUAAGAGUUGGAUCACAUUUCCAGAGAUUCUAGUGCUGGUGGUGUGCAUUAUCACAACUGAUUUUGUUUUUUUUAUACAUUUGCUACAGUGGAUUUGUUGGUUAUGAAGGAUAUGACAAAAGGCUGACCGUGUUCUUGCGCCAUGUAGGUGUUCCUUUUGCUAACUGCACAGCUAGAAUGAGGCUCUCCAAGGUGGUAGAACCGCACAAGUCCAGAGGGUACAUGACUAACUUUGUGGCCUACAGACCUCUGGAAUGGAAAAGAAAAUGUGUAAAUUGCUUUCACGUGCCAGUUGUGUGGUGCUGCUCUAGUGGUGUGACGAGACUGGAAAUUCCAUUGUCUGACUUCAAGUGGCUUUACUGACUGAGCUGUUUGUGUAGUUUUUCAGGUUCCUAGUUACAGUAAAUGAGGGAAUCUUCUAAAACUAUUGUACUGUAUUUUUGUCUGUGCGCAAUUGGCUAGUUUGCAUAAUAUGAAGUAUUUGAUUCUUUAAAAUGCUGAAUAGUCUAGAAGAUACUCUUACUUCAGAUGCUUUAAUGAUAGCUUCUUCAUUCACUGUCAAGAGAAAAGUUGAUUGAAAACAGUCCAGUAGUGUCAGAGGAAUGGUCUGAGCACGGGACUGAGAGCCAUGAAUACCAGCUAAUUCAGGAAUUGAUACUGAUUCCCUUUGUGGCCUUUGAAAGCUGUUUAGCUUCUCUGCCUCAGUGUCCUCAACUUGUAAAAAUGGAGAAGAAUUUACAUGUCUCCCAUGGAUGGUGUGAGCAUUAACUUAAUGUUUGCAAAAUGAUAGGAGUUGUAGUUUCAUGUAAUGCCCCGAUCAUGUUUGUUUUAAAAUCACUUAUCUUUAUAUGUGUAUAUAUAUAUUUUUUCACACAACUGGGGAGAAACGCACACAAAACGCAAUGUGAAACUGACUUAUAGGGGGGAACAGUGUAAAUUACCAAACACAAUAUUAUCAAAUGCACAAAAUAAACUGGAAAACAAAAAUUCUAAUCUUUGUUAUAAUUUUAGCUGUUUACUUCUCCUGAUUGCUGUGAAAUCUUCAGUCAGAAGUGUGUGGAGGUUUUUUUGUUGUUGCAAUGACCGUUCUUUCAUUUGUGUAUCUCAGAUACAGUCUGUGGUAGUGUAACGCAGUGUUGUACAUAAGAGCUUUUGAUUAGUCUCAGCACUGAGAAUGUAUCCGUAUCUUAAACAAAUAUAACUUGAAGUAGAUUUGUUGGUUCACAAAUUUGUAUUAGCCAGCUAUCCAAAGCCCUGUAACACUUGCAAAGAUAGGACUAUGGGAUAAUAGGAAUACUUUCCAAUGUCAUUUCAUUGUUCCACAACAUUUUUUUCAUUGUUUUCUCAUUUUUAGGUUGCUGUUAAGUCAUAUGUCCUGUGAAUAAAAUGCUCCCAAUCUUUAAAAAAAAAAUCAUUUCUUUGUCAUGGAGUUAACAUAUGUUCUGUUCAUUCAUCAGUUUUCAUUGGAGUGAACUGUUUCUUUUGAACGAAACGUUGUUGGAGCUAUGUUAUAAUAAAAGCCUUCUACCAUUGAUUAAAUGAAGGAAUGUAUCUUUCAAAGAUUUAUAUUGUGUAAAUAAUUUAAAACUGGUUGUAACAAUAAAGCUGGUUUCUAACUGCA